GUAAUCGUCUGUUCUUGUGUAUAACAUACCCAACCAAACGACUGCUGUAAAUGAUGAUUCAGCACAGGUGUAUAAUAUUAUGCGAGUCCCUUCAUGACAGACAUUGAGGACAAAACCCUAAAAGGUUUACCUCAGACAAAAUUAUGACCAAAAUUUAAGUCUAUCCAAUUGUACUUGUGUUAUUUCAGUUUCAGACUUGGAACCAAUUCUUGACCAACCCUUCAGCCAAAUGAUCACUCCGUGCGACAAUAAUACAGUGGUGGCUAACGAGGCGUAUCAAGUUGAGGGAACUGCUCAAAUGGUUCCCGGCCCAGAGCUAGUGGAACAACCAUGCGCAGUGCACGCACCACUUGGGUCCUACUUAGAUCUCGGAGACUUUGCAGGGAGUUGUGUCUCAGACCCUGGACUGUGUGAGUCUGAAACUGUGACCUGGUCCAUUUGGUUGAAAAUCGACACGCCGGUGUCUGUGAACAAAAACAACUGGUUUUACUUGAGCUCUGGGGGACAGACUGGUCAGGCCAGAGGAAUAGCUUUCAUGUAUCAAAAGAACUUUCAGAAAUUCUUGAUCACGGCAAAGUCCGAACAAUUUCAUUUUAAUCGUAAAUAUGACAAAAGUAAGAUACCGCUGGACGAGUGGUUCCACCUCGCAUUCACGGCGGACUUGUCAGGCACGCGGGGCACAGACUUAAAAGUAUUUGUCAAUGGGGAGAUGGUCAAUGCGGACGUGAUGGGAAACCCAACUGCAACAACUCAAUCGGACAGGUGCACUCAUCUUUACAUCGGCAUGACAAAUACAUGUGAUCGCACAUACUCUGUUGACACGUACGGUGGCUCUGCGGCAUACAGCAAUCUGGUUGUGUUUGACGGUCUUCUGAGCUCACUGCAGAUAGCAAACCUGUACAAGUGUGGAUCUAUUGAUUGGCGCCCAAGGAUUAUCAACUUCACAAUGACAAAGGACGGCAUCGCUGACAGCCCAAUCCGUUUUAACUGCACGGCCGACGGUGACGUCAUCACCUGGAGUGUACUUCACGAAAACAACCACAACAACAUGAGUUGGGAGAUUUUGGCAACCACAGCGGGAGCCGGCUACACAAUUCAAGCAGUGAAUGCUUCUAGAUGCGUUAUUCACUCGACUCUUGUGAUUGAUCGCAACCACAGCUUGCCGUUUGAGGGCGCUCUAGUGGCCUGCACAGCGCAUUCGUAUCGUCUACGCGACAAGGCGUCUAGUUUCAACUAUCAAGGCGAACAAGUAAAUAUCGGAACAAGUGACCAUGGUUCUUUCGGUCUUUCCCUGUGGACAUUUAGUAACGUUGGAACCCAGUUCAUAAUCAAAGGUGGCGACUAUCCUGACACGUUUUGCGACACGGCGCCCCCUACUGUCGCAUCAAACAACGGCGGUUCGUGCUCAGCGGAUCAACAAAAACAUCCUUUUAUUUGCCAGAUGUAAACAAUUUUGUUCUGCGAAAAAUUAUUCAAAGGUGUAAUUGUUUUCUGUGAUACCUUUGGACAGCGACAUAAGCAUGAAUCUAACAAAUAGUGGCACAAACGAAAUAUCCAUGUCAAGAAAAAUACAGGCCCAAAGUGUCCUUAUUCUCAAAUCUUAACACAUGUACGUACGCCUGGUUGAAGUUAAAACACUGAACUUGUACAAGUUGUCAAAAAAACGGUAAGUCCAAGAAAGUGACUAAGGUGGAUAUAUUUUAAAAUAUUUAAAUAUAUGUCGCUCGCUCCAUUUAAUAAUAAACUAACAAAUGAAUAAUGUAAAUGUCAUUGACUACUAACUCUGAUAAUUUCACGUAAUUUGCAUACACUAAUCACAAGUUAUCUCUAUUU